CAGUGACCGUGGGCUUAAGAAAUCCGAUAUCUCACCACGGGCUCUACCGACAGCUCUAAGCAUGGAUAAGGCCAAAUCAAGCGUGGAAACAGCGCCUUCGGAAAGGCUGAAGAUCCGACUGGAGUCAUUGAGCGCCUCCGACACAGCUCUUCUGGGAAGAUGCGAGGAUUUGGAGAAAAUCUGCGCUUCCCUGUCACGUUCCCAUGACAACCCUGGUUUGUGCCUGUGCACGCACCUGCUUCCUGAAGCCAAAAAAUCAGCUAGUCAAAAACAGUAUCCAAGUUCUGGGAGACGGUCGAGAAAGGGGAAUGGCGCCAUGAGUGAACCACAUCCGGAUCAAGAGGUCGUUAUGAAAUUAGAGGAUUUUUUAUAUUGGAACUGAUUUGUGCCGAGCUGACUAGGUUGUCAAGGAUGUUUUGGAUUCACAGAAUCCUUGCAACUGUUCGUGGAAGCCGGUGUUGUUAUGUUGUGUAUCCACAGGUCAUUGCGUAUGAAUAUAUACAAAUUAGUGACUGUAUGGGAUGGGUCACGUGUGUGUUCUUCCCAUGUAAUAAGCAGUGAUCUGCUAUAUACUUGUUGACAUCAACUUGCCCCUUUAAGCGUUGUGAAACGUGCGUUGUUGAUCUAUUUAUUUAGAGCACCAGUUGGACAUUGUUUUGGUAAUUUUAGAAUGAGUCUCAGGUCCAUGAUAAUAUUCUGCAAUGCGGAUGUUUUUAUGUAUGUGUGAAUCGAUGCAAGCGAAUCUGUAUGUGCAAUAUUUAUGUUGUUUACCAUUGUUAUGAAUAAAUUUUAAAUAUUU